AAGUGUCAUACGAAAGUAACCCAUCCCUGGUUCUUAGCCAGUGCUGCCAGACCCCACUCACAUCUGUCAUACCCGUGUGAAAAGUAGCAAGAACAAGAAAACAUGUUGAGCAUCACGGCCCGUAACCUGGCAAGCGCCCUCCGCAGCAGCCUCGUCGGCACCUCGUCGCGCGUGGCCGCCGUGCGCAGCCUGCACGGCACCGAGGAAUCGGCGGAGGAGUUCGACAAGCGCUACGAGAAGUACUUCAGCCGCGAGGGCAUCGACGGCUGGGAGAUCCGCAAGGGAAUGAACGAUCUGCUGGGCAUGGAUCUGGUGCCCAGCCCCAAGAUCAUCGAGGCGGGACUACGGGCCACCCGUCGCGUCAACGACAUCGCCUUGGCCAUCAGGUGGCUGGAGGGAUGCAAGGACAAGUGCGGCGACCAGAAGGCCACCCUCUAUCCCUAUUUGCUGGAGAAGAUCACCCCCACGCUGCAGGAGCUGGGCAUCCCCACCAUCGAGGAGCUGGGCUACGACAAGCCCGAGUUGGCCCUGAAGUCCGUGUACGAUGCCUAAAGGAGGAGGAGUAGUUUAAACCCAAAACACAACCAGAAAACAUAAAAUACACAUCCCAAAAAUGUAUGUGGUGCGGAUGAACAUGUUGUUGGAUUGAUAAUAAAUGGAGAUUGGAGUAAGGCUACCACACCAGCA